AGCUGUUAUUUAUUACCCCAAAGCCUGGACGCCUCACUUAUCCUCACUGGAUCUCACUGCAGGAUCUAUCCAUUCCCACUUCGCACCAGGUCGCACGCAGCGAACUCUUUUACCAAAUUACCUGCUCGACAGAUAUCAGGUGGUGCUGCAAAAUGAGAAGAGGUUUGCUGCUGGUGACUCUGUUCCUCAUCAUGGAACUUCGGUACAGCCAGUCCAAAUGCGAGGAACCCGGAUCGCCCAGAUCAACUUCAGAUCAGACCACAGGCUUGGGCAACCUCAAAAGGAACAUUCUGAAGAGGUAUAGCGAUUUGGAUUAUGACAGCUUUGUGGGUCUGAUGGGCAGAAGGAAUGCCGAUGCAAACACUGUACAGGCACCCCAAAAAAGAGAAAUGCAUGAUAUUUUUGUUGGUCUAAUGGGAAGGAGAAACUCAGAGCCUGAUAACGGUCCCUGGAGGAGAGAGUAUCCAGAGAGGAGAGGCAUUUUUCUCAACAAGUGCAGGCUGAGGUUUCUUCAGGGGCUGUAGACAUUCAGACUGAAAAUACUCUCAUCUGGCUACCAUGUCAGAAGAUCACAGUGAUAACAAAAAAUGAAGUAAAUGUCUGA